GUUUUUUCUGUUUAUAGACCUCCCCUGCACAGUACCCAACGUACCCGACGAACGAUAUAUCCAAGCAGGACGUGGACCAACUGGUCCUGAAGGUGCUCGAAGUCCAGGAGAUCCGAAAAAAGAUGCACCAGAUACAAGAGGAGCUUAACUGGGAGAGGCAAAACUUUGAGAGUGCACACACACAGGGGUCGUUCCAGCAGAAUGGACUGGAUUCUGCAAAUGUAGAAAUCAAGAAACUUCAGACUCACAUCCAACAGCUGGAGUACAAUAUACAAGCAAUGGCCACGAAACGUUCACAGCUGCUGAAGGAGUCUAUGGAGCUGCUGGGCAUCUGCCAGAACCGAUUUCUUAACAGGCUGAACGAGUGGAGGUGGGAGCAGCGCAAAGCAGCCAUAGGAUUUCCUUUUGAUGACAACCUCAGCCCCCUGCAGACCUGGGCUGAGCAGCUUCUUGGGAUGAAUGGAAACCUGAGACAAGAGCUGAUGCUGACUGGGGAACUGACCUCGGAGCUCCAGGAAGGGCUGUCACAACUUGUGCAGGUUUUAAUUGAAAGCUCGCUUAUAGUGGACAAGCAGCCCCCACAGGUGAUAAAGACACAGUCAAAGUUCUCCACAACUGUGCGAUAUCUGCUGGGAGAGAAGGUAGCUCCUGGGAAGCCUGUGUUGGUGAAGGCGCAGAUCAUUAAUGAAAUACAGGCCAGGAACCUGGCAAAUGUACAUGGUGAUAAUGUUGGUGAACUCAUCAACAAUUCGGCCGUCCUAGAACACAACGCAGCCACCAAGAGCACGUGCUCCAACUUCAGAAACAUGUCCAUCAAGAAAAUCAAGAGAGCAGACAGAAAAGGAUCAGAGUCUGUGACAGAGGAGAAAUUUGCCCUCCUGUUCUCCUCAGAGAUCAACAUCACAGGCUGUGAGACUCCGUACAGGAUACAGGUGAUCUCUCAGCCAGUGGUUGUUAUUGUUCACGGCAGUCAAGACAACAAUGCUGUGGCCACCAUCAUAUGGGACUGUGCAUUUUCUGAGCAAGACAGAAUACCCUUUGUGGUGCCGGACCGCGUGCCGUGGAGGAUGAUGUACAACACUCUCAACAGCAAAUUUACAUCUGAGGUUGGGACGCAGCACAACUUGGACCAGUACAACCAACACUUCUUGGCACAGAAGAUCUUUGAUAAGCCCGACUUUAAUGAGGAUUUCAGCAACAUGAUGGUUUCCUGGGCCCAGUUUAAUAAGGAGGUUCUCCCAGGUCGACCGUUUACCUUCUGGCAGUGGUUUGAGGGAGUAAUGGAGCUGACCAAGAAACACCUGAAGACCUACUGGAGCGAAGGGCUGAUAUUUGGUUUUAUUGGGAAGCAGCAUCUCCACCUGAUUCUCAAAGACAGGCCCAAUGGAACAUUCCUGCUUCGAUUUAGUGACUCGGAAAUUGGAGGCAUCACCAUCGCUUAUGUGUCUGCUACUGAAAAUGGGGGACAAAAAAUCCAAAACAUCCAGCCUUUCACCAAGAGAGAUCUUGAGAUCCGUGGCCUCGGAGACCGCAUCCGCGACAUUGACCACAUAACGUAUCUGUAUCCUGAAUUUUCUAAACAUGAUGUUUUCAGAAAAUUCUACACAGCAGAGCCUACGUUGCCCAUCGGCGGGGGUUACAUCCCUGUGUCUCUCCAACUUAAAGUCGGCAUGGAUGCCCAACGCCCAACUUCCAGUACACCAUCUUCCUUCAACAUGGAUACCAUGCCCUCGCCUCACCCUAGCUUCAAUGUGGAGCCUAUUGCCCCAACACCUAUAGUACAAGGGCCUGAAACCUCACAGAGUAGCUUCUCUAUGCAACAGUUCCAGUCACCGUUCAACUCACCAGACCUCCCUGAUGAAAUAAUAGAUGGUGCAACAACAGCUUCUGGCCUGGAACCCAUGCUACCAGAUUUGAACUUUUUUGAUUAAUCUAGAGUCUUCCUGUGGGCUGAGCAAAGAAGAAGCCAGCUAAAGAUUGAAGCCAGACUUGUGUCAUGUAACAAACGUGCCACCAUUUGAGCCGAUUCUCUUCCUUGACUCUCAACAGCUAAAGUUUGGACUACGACCAGUGAACCUUUUGAGACAAACUUGAUUUGUCUGGGACUCAACAUGUUAAGAAAGUGUUACACGACAGGAGAAAAUCAGUUUAAAUCCAAAGUAAAACUGAGAACAAACCAGAACAAAAAUGCUUUUUUUGCAGCCAUCUGUGCCUUUGUGUGCAUGUCAACAAGAACUUGUAUGUUUCUUGCCUAGUGGCAGAUCUGUUAAUGUCUUUUCUUUUUGCUUUUCUUUUCUCUUCUGUUUUGUAUGUGUGUAUGUGUGUGUGUGUGUGUGUGUCUUUGCUUGUAUUUAGGAAAAGAUUUGGAUUACUGUACAGACUAUAGCAUUUUUCCAACAGUGGCCAUAAGUGUGACAGUGGGUAUAAAAAGGGCAAUGGCUCAUGACAUUGCUGGCCAGUGGACUUUAAGACACCAGGGGACUUUGUUUUAUUAGUGUUUAGAGUAUAUUGCAUGUUGGUCUAUUUUAGUCAUACAUUGUAUGUAACCCUUUGUGUUUUCACUUUUCUCGCAGUAUAUUAUUCAUUCAGUCUCUGCAUAUAAUGCAUGGUAAAUACUCAUUAAGGAAUAAACACCUUUUCUGGCAGUGGUGACUGUGAGACUGUCACAACAUGUCAGAAGUUAUGAGGGGUGACGGGCAAAGUUUAUAUUAGAUCUACUGUAUGUUGAAUUAAAAAUUCAAUUUUGUGUUUUCUGUUCU